AACAAAUAAAAAGUUUCUUUAUCUUUUUUUUCUCUUCAAUUAUUUUCAUAAAUUUUCCCAUAAAAGACAAAUUUCAAGCGAUAAAAGACACAAUAAUUAACUCGACAAGUCCACAACCACAGCAGUCAUCAAUCAAAGCUCAAAAAUGCACGCGGACGCAGUGAAAUAAUCGAGAAAAAUAGAAUCAGAAAAAAAAAUUUACUGAAAAAUAAUUCCAAAAAAAAAGAAAUGUUGAUGUUAAAUCGAAAAAUAUUUUUAAUUUUGUUAAUCCUGUCCAGUCUUGUGCUGGUUCUAUUCGUUCUGUGGACCUCAUUCAGCUUUAAAGAUCGUGGAUUUAGGCAAGAAAACUUCCUUCCAAUUUUCAAUACUCAAAGCAUUAAUAGCAAUCUCUACAAUUUCGACGAGAACUUAGUUGUGAUUUAUAAUCGUGUACCGAAAACGGCAUCGACAAGUUUUGUUAAUUUAACUUAUAGUUUAUGUAAGAAGAAUCAAUUCCAUGUGCUACAUAUUAACGUUACGGGGAACAAUCAUGUGCUGUCAUUACCAAAUCAGAUGAGAUUUGUGCGGAAUAUUACUGGAUGGUCGGCGAUGAAGCCGGCAUUUUAUCAUGGACACAUGGCGUUUUUGGAUUUUUCGAAAUUCGCAAUGCCACAGAAGCCACUGUACAUAAACAUAAUCCGUAAGCCACUCGACCGACUAGUUAGCUACUAUUACUUCCUUCGCUAUGGUGACGAUUACCGACCGCACCUAGUUCGACAUCGCUCUGGUGACACAAUGAGCUUCGAUGAAUGCGUGAAGCUCAAAAAGCCCGAUUGUGAUCCAAAAAAUAUGUGGCUGCAAAUUCCUUUCUUUUGUGGUCAUCACAGUGAAUGUUUUGAGCCAGGUAGCAAAUGGGCUCUAGAACAAGCCAAACGUAAUUUAGUCAAUGAAUAUUUCUUAGUUGGAUUGACUGAGGAACUUGGUGACUUUAUUGAAAUGCUCGAAUUAUCAUUGCCAAGACUAUUCCUUGGUGCUGUUGAAAAUUUUAAAACUUCAAAUAAAUCGCACUUAAGGAAGACAAAAGGAAAGAUUGAUCCACUGCCAGCUACUGAGGCUAAGAUCAAGGAAUCAAAGAUCUGGCAGAUGGAAAAUGAUCUUUAUUACUUCGCGAGAGAUCACUUUUAUUUCUUGAAGAAUAAGCACAUCAUGAGUAAUGGGAAGAAACAGGACUUUUUGUACGAAAAGAUUAAGCCACCACCGAAUCAGAUGUAGAUUUAGGGUUCGGUUGGGUGACCUUUGGUUGGAUUUUGUUGGAAUCUUCAAUUUGACACUUUAGAUCAUCGUCAUAAAUUCUAACAAAAUCUACACAAGGGUCCAAAACUUUAAACGACUAGACAAACAAAUAAAUACGAGACAUUGCACCUUAAAAAUGCACUUUACUAAUAAAAUAAUAAAGAAUUUUACAAGACACUUUAGAAAUCACAAAAACCAAAUCGACAAACCAUGGUAAUUAACUGUGGUGUUAAGCUUAAGCUUAAUGCUAAUAAAUUGUAAGCAAAGAAAAGAUGUAAACGUUUAAAAAAAUUAAUAAAUUAUUUAAAGACAUUUUUAAAAAAUUCAA